AUUAAAAACUUAACACAGUAAAUGGAAAGACCGUGAAAUGAUGAAAAUCUUAUGGAUGUCGAUGGAUCAAGCAAAAACACCUGAUCAGAUACCCAGGGACCGUCCUGAAUAAAUGAUGAAAUUUUCCAAAAUAAAAAGCGCAAAUAAAGUCUCUAGAGGCCCAAAGCAUCAAGUAGAGUAUAUCCCUGAGCCCUCUGAAUAUUGGAUUGCAGAGACUAAUAGCAAAGGAGCUAGUUGUCUUGAUACAAAAGUUCAGGUCCUCAGAUUUGCACAAAAUCCGGAGAAAGAGAUUCAAUGAAACAUGACAUGGGAUCCAACACGAAUAGAGUCAUCUGAGGUUGAGAAAUACCUGGAAGAAAUAAAGAAGGUGUGGCCAUGUAGUGAAUUCAGCUACAGAGAGGAACUAGCGCUUUAUUACUUGUACCUCAACAAUUACGAUAUUAUAAGGACUCUGUUGAGCGUCAUCUACAAUGUAGAUGAACUCAGAUAUCUAUAUAAGACAUGGUAUGAUAAAACUGGUAGUCUUGCCAACGAUAUUAUUGUCAAGCCCGUCAAGAGAGUUAUUGGGGAUGGAGAAAAUAAAAGGAUCCUGCGAACGCUAAAACAGAAGGUAGACUAUACCGAUAGAAAAUCAAUAACAUUCUAA